AUGUCGCUGCGGGCACUCUCCAAGACCGCAACCGGCGCGCUUCCGGCCCGGCCGCGCGCCCGAGUUGUCGCCGGGGCCACGCAGACCACGCAGACUGCAGACCGACCUCUCGCGAAGCCGGCUGUGUUCAAUGCAAGCCGUCCGAGGCACGACGACGCCCGCGUGGUGUGGGGCCCAGCGGAAAUGAUUCGGCUCCCGGGCGUGAACGCAGUCGUCAUUCCGAGCCCUGCUAACAAGGACGCCAAGCUUGCCCCGUCGGUGAUUGAGAAGGAGUUCAAAGACGUCCCCGACGUCCGACUCGACGUACCGAUUCGGCGCGACGACAUCGACGCCGGGGCGCGGGCGUUCAUCGACGGGCUCCCAGCCGGCGCAGGCUCCCCAGAGCUGCGGGUAGCGCUCGCGGACGACGUCGCGCGCCUCGCAAAGGCGUUUUUCGUCGCGUGCCCGGACCUCACCGCUGUCAAGGCCACCCUCGAGCUCGUCUCGUUCGUCCCGUGCCCUCGCUGGCACGUCGACAAGGUCCGCGCGCGCCUCAUUUGCACCUACGCUGGCGCGGGCACUCGCCUCGUGGAGAACGCGGCCGUCAAGCGCAGCCCGCUCCUGCGGCGGCGGCUCCGCGGCGACGCCGGCUUCGUGGUGAACGAGGCGCACGCCGUGUCGACGGGCAGCGGCGAGGCGCUGCUCCUCAAGGGCGAGGCCUGGCCGCAGUAUGAGGGCCUCGCGGUGGUGCACGCGUCCCCGGAGGACCCGGGGAAGUGGGGCCGCCGGCUGAUCGUCAAGCUCGACGCCGCGGACGACGUCUGCCUCGACGCGUGCUGCGCGCACAACCACUAG